AUGGCUAAUGGCGUGCCAAAAAGUAGCUGUGAUCAAUUUGCUCUCGGAGAAUAUUUUAUAGAGUGUUUGGGUGUUUGGAGUGCAGGUGCGAGCUCAGGCACCUUCGAAAGAGACUUUAUUGAAAAAGAUUCACAUCCGGCCCUUUCUCAGUUGACAUCAUUUCUGAGUCCUCUCUGGUUCUUACUGCACACUGGUCUGCACUCCUCGCAGAGACCGAGAACUGGAUUGUGCCCCCCUUGGACCUUAACUGGCUGGUCGCAUCUUGCCAGUCUGUCGAAGAAGAUCACCGACUAUGAAGACGAGGCAAUGUUGGGUUCUGAUAUGGAACGGAAGGAUUCGGAGAUUGACGGUGAGGUCGGCGUUGCUGUGGUUUUCGAUGAAGAGGAGCAAGGAGACGAGGUCGAAGAUGAGUUUGAAAUCAGAGAUGACGAAGAAGAGGGCAGGGACGGAGGUGAAGUUGGCGAAGAGGUACAGAGACAGAUCACUGAGGUGUACUCGGCCCUGAUCAUUGCUGUCAACAAAACCUUCUCCGUACUCUCCAUUCUUGGAUACGGGUCCAACCUCCGUCACCGCGAAAACCAGCUCAUGGAGCUCUUCGACUAUCAGAGCUUUCGUAUCCCGACAAAAAAAUACCGCGGCAUCAUUGUCUGGUGUACCAACCUCAUCCAGAGUGACGCUGAUGAGUGCAUCAACGUUGACACGAAGCAACACCCUUCUAUCGCUCCGAAGCCUCACCGCGUUCAAAACAAGCUCUAUCCUAUUGCGUUCGGCGCCAAUGAGCCCAUUGUUCUAGGCACGCCUACCAGCGCUAAAAAGACCAGCGUUGCCAUGCUUACAAUCCCGAACGAGCUGUCCACGUAUCAUGAUGAAACUACCGGCUCUUUCGAGCUUGAUGCGUUCAAAACCAUCUACGCUGCUUCCAUGAAAGCACUCUUCCAAAAAAUGGUCAGCAACUUCUUCGGUAGCCUCAAAGUCGGCGAGCUUAGGGGCGAAACGACGAAGCAACAGAUUUCUGAACAUCAUCGUACCAAGAACCCCUCCCUUCUUCAGCCCUCCGAACCUUCUCUACAGUCCCCAUCAUCAUCAGAACUCGCACCAAGAACAAAAGUCGAGAUCUUGUACUCGUUCGAGACAUACUUUCCCCGGAUGAGGUCGCAAGAUGAUUCUCUGGACCUACGCGAACUCCCCAAGAGGUCCUGCUGCAAUAUUUCGGCCUAA